UCAGUUAACUUCCAUGUAAACAAACUCAGCUCCUCUUCAUCCCUCCAUAGGUCUCCCCACGUCUCCAUCAUCACCUCCGUCUCCCAAUGAGCUCUGGUCCAUCGCUAUAGCAACUGGUUGCCACGGGCGACGAGACACAGCCAGCGCCAGCCAGCAUCCUCCUCACAGUUGCCGUCGAAGGCAGAGAAGAAGGCGCGGCGCGAGCAGAGGAAGACGCUUUUUCUCUCGCCAAAAUAAAAUUAAAAUAAAAUAAUAAAAUAAAAAAAAACAUCCAAUCAGACGGCUGGAUUCUCCCGUUCCUGCUUCCACCUCCGGAGAGGGAACGAGAGGAUGAGAGGAUGGUGACAACUUGCUCCUCCAGGAAAGUGUUGCUUCAGCGCUCGGCAGACGGUGACCCCGACGCUGCUGCAGGGCCCCCGACACAAACACCGACAAUGUUUUCCUGUGGACAGUCUCUCACUGGACCGAAGAGGAUCAUCUAAACCAAACAAUCAUUCUCCAUCUCAACAUGGCCGAUGACCUCUACAGCAGCACCUUCUCUGCUUCUGAAUCGGACUUCUCCUCCUCCUCCUCCUCCUCUUCCUCUUCAGUGUCCGCCUCCUUCCUCACACUCGAGCAGAGGGCGGCCUUCGUCUUCGUCCUCAUCCUCUUCAUCUUCCUGGGCCUGCUGAUUGUCCGCUGUUUCCGGAUCCUUCUGGACCCGUACCGGAGCAUGCCGUCCUCCACCUGGACGGACUACAUGGAGAAGGACACCUUCGACUACCGUAUUUCCUGACAGGCAGC